GCGCAGCUGCUUAAGUGGAGCUUGCCAGGCGACCGCGUCAUGAACCGCAACUUGGACGCUGUGCAGAGCUUCUUGGAGCAGUUGGAGGCGCGAGGCGGCCAGGAGAGGGCGGUCCUGGCCGGCGAGUUCAGCGACAUCCAGGCCCACUCAGCCGCAUGGAAGAACGACCCUGUGUAUUCCACUGAGGCUGGCCGUCAGCCAGGGAACGUGAGGAAGAACCGCUACAAAGAUGUGCUGCCAUAUGAUCAGACACGAGUGAUCCUCUCCCUGCUCCAGGAGGAGGGACAUGGCAACUUCAUCUGGGGCACAGACGGAAGCCAGGCCUACAUUGCCACACAAGGACCCCUGCCUCACACCUUGCUAGACUUCUGGCUCCUGGUCUGGGAGUUUGGGGUCAAGGUAAUCCUGAUGGCAUGUCCAGAAAUGGAGAAUGGGCUGAAAAAGUGUGAGCGCUACUGGGCUCAAGACCAGGAACCACUGCAGAUUGGGCUUUUCUGUAUCACCCUGACAAGGAAGAGAUGGCUGAAUGCAGACAUCAUGCUCAGGACCCUCCAGGUUACUUUUCAGAAGGAAUGUCGUUCUGUGUACCAGCUGCAAUAUAUGUCCUGGCCAGACAGAGGAGUCUCUAGCAGUCCGGAAUUUGUGCUCACCAUGGUGGAGGAAGCCCGUCGCCUCCAGGGAUCUGGACCCAGCCCCCUCUGUGUCCACUGCAGCGCGGGCUGUGGGCGGACAGGUGCCUUGUGCACUGUGGAUUAUGUGAGACAGCUGCUCUUGACCCAGAUGAUCCCACCUAACUUCAGCCUCUUGAAUGUGGUCCUGGAGAUGAGAAAGCAGCGGCCUGCAGCUGUGCAGACAGAGGAGCAAUACAGAUUCCUAUACCACACGGUGGCUCAGAUGUUCUUCUCAGCACUCCAAAACACCAGCCCCCUUUAUCAGAAUUUCAAGGAAAAUUAUGCCCCAGUCUACAAUGACGCCCUCUCCUUCCAGACUUCCCAGAUGCUUCCCACCACACGGCGCCCACCCGGCCAGGUCCUCAGAAGCAUCUCGGAGCCUGGGCCCCCGGCCCUCGCCAUGGCGGACACGUAUGCGGUGGUGCAGAAGCGCGGGGCGCCGGCGGGCACCCGGGCGGGGUCUCGGGGGCGCGGCGCAGAGGAGGGGCCGCUCUACAGCCAGGUGACGCCGCGCGCCCGGCGGCUGCAAGCGCACGCGGAGAACGCGCGUGGGGUGCUGCCCAGCGGCGUUCCUGCUGACCAAAGCCCUGCUGGGCCUGAUGCCUAUGAGGACGUGGUGGAUGGAGCUCAGAGUGGUGGGCUAGGCUUCAACCUACGCAUUGGAAGGCCUAAGGGGCCCCGGGACCCCCCUGCUGAGUGGACCCGCGUGUGAGUGCUGGACCCUGCCUGCCUGUUGCCCCACGUGGGCACCUGGACUGCUGACGGCCAUUCUUUGCUAUGUGAAGUGUUGGGAAUGGGAAAGCUGGUCCUGGAUCAAAAUAAAAGUUUCUCAGGGUGGAAAUGUA